AUGUCCGAACACGACCCACUUUUUUCACGUUCUUAUGGAGCUUCAUCCACGACUUCCACGUCCACAGCUCCACGAUGCUAUGGUGGGUUUGAGCAACAAAAGCGAACGUGGGCAUCGACAGCACGUCGUUCACAGCGCAUCCGUGUGAUUGCUGGACUGCAAUUGUUACUGGGCUUAUUAGCAUCGUGUAAUUAUUUGUGGCUGUCCAAUAUCUUUAUGUUUAUUGUGGGCAUUGUCGGUCUUUUGGCUGUACGUUCCGAUUGUAUGAGCUGGACCGUUGUGUACUUAUUACUAAGUGCGAUGGAAUUUGCACGGAUUAUCAUGCUGACACCUCAUUUAUAUGAGCGGUUUGAAGUACCGGGAUAUGCUUUUUCGCACUAUGAGGUCUUUCAAGCUGUCGUCCUUGUACUGGAAGAAGUUUUCCUUGUGCCAGCAGCUUUUUGGGUGUGCAUUGCAGCGGCAGCAGCAGUGGCCAAUCCAUUGUGGUAA